UGACCACUUCUCAGUUGCCUCCCAGACGUGCGCUCUCGCUGUCGUGUGUUCUCGAUCGCGAGAAAUCGAAGUCCCAGUCGAAAUCGAAUUUAGUUAUAGCUUAACACUCUGCACGCCCGCGGGGGGAGCUAUGGUGAAACGCUCGAUCUCGACCGGAAAAUCCCAGCGCGCGUCGCUAUAAACUCAAGAUCGGUGGCAGAUGGUUGCAGGUCCAUAAAAGCGCAGGCAUCUCGCGCUUCUCGUGUCACUCAAAGCCGGCGCACAGAGCCGAAAAGUUCCCACAACGACCCACUCUGCCCACUUAUCCUGCGAUUGCCCAGCCAGCGCUGUAAUCCAAAUCGAAAUCAGUUAUAAUCAAUAUCAAUAUCGCGGCAUUUCAUCAGAGACCCCGAUUCGAAAACGAAAACGGUUCCAGCAAAGCGGCGAGAGCGAAACUAAAGUGAAAAGCAAAGCGACUAAUUGAAGUGUCCGCCUGUGUCUCGCAAACGUGCAAAGGAAACAAAAACAAAACGGAAUAGCCAACAUAUCACACACAAAGCCGCCGCACAAAAUAUUUAUAAAUAAAUACGGCAACAGUGACAAUACUGCUAACAGCUCCCGAUACAAAGGCCCGGCAUUAACAUUAAGUCGUGCCAGUUUGUUUAUUUUUUAUACACGCCAAGCUCAUAAAACACACACAGAUCACUAAAAACAACAGCAGCAGCAGCAGCAGCAGCAGUGCGCCGCUAUAACAACAAAGUUGUAGAAAUAAGAAAAUCGGUAUAAGCCGCCACCGAUCCGCCAAUCACCUGCUAUAUAUUUUACUAUCACUAAACUAAACCCCGACGCAGACGUUCGCCGUCCACAGAAUCUAUAUAGUUGAAUAGUUAAAAACCCAAUUGAUUAAGCCGAGGUCGUUCAUGAUGCCGACCAUGUGGAUAUCGCUGUUCAAAGUCCUGCUGCCACUGCUACUCGUGGUUGCCAUGAUAGUUUAUAUCAGUGUUCAAUUAACGCAGCGACCCGAGGCCGAGGUGGGAGCAGAGGGCAUGAAAAGUUUGGCAGACGGAAUGACUACUUACCUAAAGUACGAGGCCCAGGAGUAUGAUGCUAUGAUCAAAGACAUUUUUAAAAUUACCAAUGAUAAGGGAGUUGUCCUCUUUAAUACGGCCGCGGACAGUGCACCCUUCAUGCCCAUACCCAUCCAGCGCAACGAUCCGCCCCAGAAACCGAAUCUGAAACAGAAUCUGAAUCAGAAUCUGAAUCUGAAUCAAUCCCCGAUCCCUGAAACGAACCACCAUUACCAUCACUAUCAGAGCCUGGUCCAACCAGAUCAGUACUUCAAAGUGCAGCGCUCCCCGAAUGGCAAGCUGAAUCUGGUCUUUAACGAUACGUUCGUAUCUUUGCAGAGGACGGAAGCGGAGAUGCAAUCCGAUCAGCCGAGUCCCCACCGACAGCCUUCGAACUCCUUUGUCUUCCCCGGUUCCCCCCUAGUCAAGCAACAGACUUCGCGAGCCCCACCUCAUUCCCAGUCGAAUAGCACCAAGGAUCAAAGUCCCUGCAAGGGUAACUCGCACAGGCACAAGACCUUCUGCACGGAAGUGGACGACUACCCGGACAUUUCGAGCCUCACACAGACGCUGGACACCAAUUUCGCCAAGUUCUUUGGCAACGAUUUUCAGCCCACGGAUGUGGGCUCUCGCUUGGGUGACGCAGACGAGCGAUUCCUCUGCAGGAGCAUAAGGAGGACUAUACAACCGCAGAAGGGCAUUAAGGCGGACAACACCUGGGAGUUAAUUGUCAAUAACGAUCAGUACAAACAGUCCAUCCAGAUCGAGGAAUGCGAAGGAGAGAACGAGCUUUGUGACUUUGCCUCCAACUUUCCGCAAAACUACGUACCCACUUGCAAGCAGCACUACACACAGCAGACCCUGGUCAGCCUCAAGAGCGAUGGCAAACUGGAAGUGGUGCCGCAGGCCUUCAUGAUCCCAUCCUGCUGCAAGUGCGCCUUGAAGCCUGUGUGACUCUGCAGAGUGGGAUUCUCCAGUCGAUGGCUGCGACAAUGUGAUAUUGAGCAUGAAGUUUCACCCACCACAGAAUGGCAGGCCAAACUGAUCAGGGGUCGUUGAUUUAUUCUAUAAUCUGCAGAAUCCACACAUAGACUAAGGUGCCUAUUAAUUUAGAGCUUUAAGUCGAGUCACUGUAACCAUAUUCGUGUCAUAUAUUCAUUUUUGGCUUCCUCGUCUAAUGCCUAAGCUAGAAAUGCAAGUAAUUAGUCAUAGAAUACAAAAUAAAGCAAGAAAAAAACACAACACAAAAAAAAAAAACAUAGAAAUAACGAUUUGAAAAAUGUAUGUUAAAAAAGAUAAUGUAUAAUAAAUGUAUGCAAGUACA